CUUUCUACCAUUCAUUCAUUCCUUGAACUUUUCAACAUGAUGAUCUCACUUUUUUAGUUAUGCUUAACUUACCCUCCAUAUUCAUCACUUUUCUAUUGUAAACUGAAUGAACUGAAAUAAUUCCAAACAUGGCACAAGUGAGGAACAAGCAAGUGAUUCUGAAGGACUAUGUGUCUGGUUUUCCUAAAGAAUAAGACAUGAACAUAGUUGACAGUACCAUUACUCUCAAGCUUCCAGAAGGUUCCAGCGAUGUUCUUCUCAAAAAUCUCUACUUGUCUUGUGAUCCAUACAUGCGGAAUCUCAUGAACAAAACACAAGGAACUCCUAGUCCUUUUUCCUACACCCCUCAGUCGGUAAUAGCAGGUUUUGGGGUGUCUAAAGUCCUUGAAUCUGGAAAUCCUGAUUACAAGGAAGGUGAUUUAGUGUGGGGAUUCUCUAAAUGGGAAGAGAACAGUAUGCCAGGAAUAACUGCUUAUGGAGGUUUCUUUGAAUUAGGCACUCCUAAGAAAGGAGAGAAUGUCUUUGUUUCGGCUGCAUCUGGUGCAGUUGAACAACUUGUCGGACAAUUCGCUAAAUUGCAUGGUUGUUAUGUCGUUGGAAGUGCUGGAAGUAAGGAGAAGGUGGAUAUGUUGAAGAACAAAUUUGGAUUUGAUGAAGGUUUCAAUUACAAGGAAGAGCCUGACCUCAAUGCAGUUUUGAAAAGGUACUUUCCUGAAGGCAUUGGUAUUUACUUUGAGAAUGUUGGAGGAAAGACACUUGAUGCUGUACUAUUGAAUAUGAGAGUUCAUGACCGCAUACCUGCAUGUGGAAUGAUUUCACAGUAUAAUCUUACUCAACCUGAAGGUGUAACGAAUUUGGCACAUAUCAUAUAUAAGCGGAUUCGAAUGGAAGGUUUUAACAGUGCUGAUUUCUUUCACCUAUAUCCGAAAUUCUUGGAGUUUGUCCUCCCUCAUAUUAGAGAGGAGAAAAUUGUGUAUAUGGAAGAUAUAGCUGAGGGUCUUGAGAAUGGUCCUGCAACUUUGGUUGGCCUUUUUAGUGGUCGCAAUGUUGGUAAACAAGUGCUUGUUGUUGCUCGCGAAUAAGAAGCAUCUGCUUUUUCUAUGUUUUCUUAUCUUAUCAGUUUUUGUUCUGAACUUUUAUAGAAAAUUAGCUAUCUUUGUACCACCUUUGCAGACACCAUUUUCAUAUAUGUAUGAGCAUAUGAUGAUAUUGUGUUCCUAAUGGUGCAUAAUGCAUUGAGUUGUGUAAUGUAUUAGAGUUAUGCAUAAGAAUAAAAGCAAUUGCUUGCUUUUGUACAUUGUCAUUUAAACAAUUUUUAGAUUGGAUCAAUCUAAAUUAAAUUAUUCCUA